UCAGAGAGGGAAAAAAGGGAAGCUUCCCGCAAAGAUUCAGUGGAAUUUUCACUAUCUCCUCCUUUCUUUUAACGGUCAGUUCAGUCCUUCUGCUUAGUGGAAUUCUGACUGUACCAGUACAAGUAUUGCAUAAUAUGUGCAAAAUUUGCAGCCUUGGCAACUGAUUAAAUCUUUGUGCUGGUGGAAUUCAUAAACAAACCUUGCAGGAUAAAUGUCUGCACCAACUACUUAGCUGAUUGAAACAUUACUUCAUUUGGAUAUCUCCUGAUACAUAGUUGCUAUAGUUGGUGAUGCACUCUGUGGUAAUGCAUAGGUACCUUUGGUGCUGCAUUGUAUUUGGAUAUCUUCAUACAUCUUUCAUUUUGGGACAGCAUAGGAAUAGGAGUACUGGCUCAGAAGACCAGCUAGGUCAAUCUGGGUCCCUUGUAAGCGAUUUUUCUCCAUUCCAUCACUCUGUAUCUGUUCAAAUAUCAUCUGCGUCAUUUCCAUUGAAUGAGUCAGUAUCUUGUGAGGACUUGGAAGGUGUAGGAUCAUUUAAUACUACAUGUUUACUAAGUUCAACUUUUCAUUUGGAUUCCGAUAUUCACAUAUAUGGAGUUGGAAACCUGGAGAUACUCCCUCAUGCUUCUAUAUCAUGUCCGGUGGAAGGAUGCACAAUAAUAUUCAAUAUGUCUGGUAACAUUAAACUUGGUCAGUAUGCAUCUAUUGUUGCUGGUUCUGUGGUUUUAUCAGCAGCCAAUAUGUCUAUGGAGUAUGGUUCAUCUAUUAACACAUCAUCUUUGGGUGGGGCACCACCUUCCCAAACUAGCGGCACUCCUUAUGGCUAUGAUGGGGCUGGGGGAGGGCAUGGUGGGCGUGGUGCAUCCUGUAUAAAAGAUAAUACCACAAACUGGGGUGGUGAUGUUUAUGCUUGGUCUACUUUGUCUGAACCAUGGUGUUAUGGCAGUAAGGGUGGCGGAAAAUCUGCUCUGAAAAAACUCGGAGGGAAUGGUGGGGGGCGUAUUAAGCUUCUAGUGAAUGACACUUUGUUUAUAAAUGGCUCUGUUACUGCAGCAGGUGGAGAUGGAGGGUCUGAUGGGGGUGGUGGGUCUGGUGGAAGUAUAAUAAUACAUGCCCUAAAGCUGUAA